AAUUCAAGAUGGUAGAAGAAGCUGAAACAUUUGCUUUCCAAGCUGAGAUCGCUCAGCUUAUGUCGCUGAUUAUCAACACAUUCUAUUCGAAUAAAGAGAUUUUCUUGCGUGAAUUGAUUUCUAAUGCAUCUGAUGCUUUGGAUAAAAUUCGCUACGAAUCGUUGAUCGAUCCAUCGAAACUAAAGACCGGCAAGGAGCUGUACAUCAAAUUGAUUCCUAACAAAACUGCUGGCACAUUGACUAUCAUUGACACCGGUAUUGGCAUGACUAAGUCGGACUUGAUUAACAAUUUAGGUACU